AUGAGACUUAAGUCCAUCAAGAACAUCGAGAAGAUCACCAAAACCAUGAAGAUUGUGGCCUCCACCAGAUUGAACAAGGCCCAGAGAGCCAUGCAGGCCUCCAGAGUCUUCAACGAGUCCGACAAGGAGUUCUACGAGAACGCUCAGCCUGAGGAGGUUGCUGGCGACAAGACUUUGUUGAUCGUGGUCUCUUCCGACAAGGGUUUGUGUGGUUCCAUCCACACCCAGGUCGCCAAGGCUGCCAGAAGAAGAAUCGCCGAGUUGGAGGGCAACGUCGACGUCGUCACUGUUGGUGACAAGGUCAAGGCCCAGAUGGCCAGAACCCACGCCGAGAAGUUGAAGUUGGCUUUCAAUGGUGUUGGUAAGUCCGAGCCAACCUUCCACGAGGUUGCCUUGAUGGCCGACGAGAUCAAGACCUUGGGUAAGUACGAGAACACCGAGAUCUUGUACAACAAGUUCCUUUCUGGUGUCGCUUUCGAGCCAUCCAACUUUGCUGUCUUCGCUGCCGAUGCCAUCGAGAAGGCUCCAGGUUUGAGCAAGUACGAGUUGGAGAACGAGGAGACUCCUGAGACUCUUUCUGAGUUCUCCUUGGCCAACUCUCUUUUGAGUGCUCAAGCUGAGGGUUACGCCUCCGAGGUUUCUGCCAGAAGAAACGCUAUGGACAACGCCUCUAAGAAUGCCGGUGACAUGAUCAACCGUUACUCCAUUUUGUACAACAGAACCAGACAAGCCGUCAUUACCAACGAGUUGGUCGAUAUCAUUACUGGUGCCUCCUCUUUGGACUAA